GUGGCCACUCUGGAGACAUAACCCCACCAACUUCCAUCAUUCUCUCUGUUGGUUCAUCAAUCGUUUCCUUAAUCUGAUGAACUGAAUCAUUGUGUCUCUCUCUCUUGAUCUCUACUCAAACAUGGCAACCCAGUUUUCAUGAGCAAAAUUUGAUUUUUCAAAGCUCCCAAGAUUCAAAAGUUUAUCACUGUAGCAGCAGGAGCAAACUGAAACUGUGUGGCUAUGGCUUCUAAGAUUAAAAGUGGUGCAUCCGAAACGACUCUGAGCAAAUCAUCUCCAGGAUCUCUAAGAGUGCCUAAACUGAGUCGGGUAAUGACAAGAUCUGAACCUAAUUCUCCUUCACCCACUCAGCAUUCACGACUUGACCGCUCUUCUGCUAACUCAAAGCCUUCUACUGAAAAGAGGUCUCCCAAGGUUCCAACUCCACCAGAGAAAACUCAAACACGUGCUGUGAAAGCAUCAGAGUCGCAACCUCGGUUGAUCCAGAUUAAGGAAGAUCUAAGGAAAGCGAAUGAGCUGAUAGCAUCCCUUGAAAACGAAAAAGCUAAAGCACUUGAUGAGCUUAAACAAGUGCGGAGAGACGCCGAAGAGGCGUCAGAGAAGCUUGAAGAGGCUUUAAAAGCUCAGAUAAAGGCCGAGGAGAAUUUUGAAAUCCAGAAAUUUGAGGUUGUUGAGGCAGGGAUAGAGGCAGUUCAGAGAAAAGAAGAAGAAAUGAAGAAGGAAAUCGAGAACGUCAAGAAACAACACGCUUCUGAAGCUUCAUCAGCUCUUCUUUCCGCCACCCGGGAGCUGGCGGCGGCCAACGACGCCAAGAGCAAGGUCCAGAGUGAAGCACAUGAUGCCACCAAGAUGGCUGCUAUCCAUGCGGAGAAAGUGGAGAUCUUAUCAUCCGAGCUGAUACGGUUAAAGGCUUUGCUUGACUCCACCAGGGAGAAAGAAACAAUCUCCAACAAGGAGAUUGCUUCGAAGCUAGGAGUGGAGAUAGUGGUCUUGAAAAGAGAGCUUGAGAACGCGAGAGGAUUCAAAGCAAAGGUCAAUGAGCUAGAGAGUGUCAUCGAGAGGCUUAAGGAAGAGUUACAUUCUGUAAAGACGGCGGAGACUUACGCACAGAGCUCAGCUGAAGAGUGGCGUAACAAAGCAGAAGAGUUGGAGGAACAGUUAGAGGAAGGUGAGGAGGUUAAGAGAUCUGCAUUGGUUUCUUUGGUAUCUAUGACGAAGCAGCUGGAAGAAAGCAAUGGUAGAUUGCAGGAUAUGGAGUCUGAAGUUACUGAUCUCAAGGAGAAGAUCAGGUUACUGGAGACGGUGGUUGCUAGGAAGAAGGAGGAUCUUGAGGAAUCUGAAGAGAGGCUAAGUGUUGCAGAAGAAGAAUUAUCAAAGGCCGAGAAAGUGGCGGUUAGAUUGAAGAACGAGCUUGAAACUGCGAAGGAGGAGAAGAGUCAGGCGUUAAAGAAGGAGCGAGAUGCUACCUCAAGUGUUCAAGUGCUAUUGGAAGAGAAAAACAAGUUAUUAUCAGAGCUGGAGAGCUCAAAAGAAGAAGAGGAGAAGAGCAAGAAAGCUAUGGAGAGUUUAGCUUCAGCGUUGCACGAGGUGUCGUGCGAAGCACGUGAGUUGAGAGAUCUGAAGCUUGUCAUGAAAGCAACGACCGAGAAGUACGAGAAUAUGCUCGAGGAGGCGAGGCAAGAGAUCGAUGUUCUUGUCAACGCGGUGGAGCAGACCAAGAAGGAGUUCGAGAGCUCGGUGGUGGACUGGGAGACGAGGGAAGCUGGUUUGGUUAGCCACGUGAAGAAGUUCGACGAAGAGGUUUCUUCGAUGGGGAAAGAGAUGGUUAGGUUGGGGAACCUGGUGAAGAGGACUAAAGAGGAAGCUGACGCGGCGUGGAAGAAAGAGUCUGAGAUGAGAGAUGGGUUGAAAGAGGUGGAAGACGAGGUGGUUUAUCUUCAGGAGACUCUAAGGGAAGAGAGAGCUGAGAGGUUGAAACUGAAUGAGAAGAUGUUGGAUAAAGAAACUGAGUUUCAGAGCGUUGUUCGUGAGAAUGAUUUGCUGAGAGUGAAGCAGGAGGGUUCUUUGAAGAGGAUUGAUGAGUUAGAGGAAGCAUUGGCCAAGAAAGAUAGAGGUGAGGUCAGUGAGAGCGAGAAGGAGUAUGAUUUGCUUCCGAAUGUGGUUGAGUUCUCUGAGGAGAAUGGUCAUAGAAGUGGUGCAGAAGAGAAGAAGGAUGAUAGUAGAGUUGAAGUUGAGUUUAAAAUGUGGGAAAGUUGUGAGAUUGAGAAGAAAGAAGCUUUCCAUAAAGGGAAAGAGGAUCCAAAAGAAGAAGUGGAAGACGAAAGAGAGAAAACCUCACCGGAAAACUUGAAAGAAAGAAGAGAAGAGCAGGUGGUGAAUGAGGAGAAGGAGAAGAAGAUUAAGAAGAAGACUCUGUUUGGUAAAGUUGGGAACCUUCUCAAGAAGAAAGGACCACCUGUGAAUCAGAGAUGAAAUGAAAACAUCUCUUUGAUUUUUUACUACAGUUUUUUUUUGUGGUAUUGAUUAUUACAUAAUGCAGAUACACAUCUCUCUUCAUCAUGUUGACUUCUUCCUAUUAUGUGUUGUUAUAUUUUCUUGUUUUGGGUUUAUGGCUUUCUGAAAUAGGGUUUUGUGUUCAGUUGUUUGGUUAUGAUUCUUUUCUUUUUUA